UUGGCCGCUUCUUGUAAAAAAUAUUUCGUUUGAUUUUUUUUGUGUUGCUUUUCUGCAUUAUUUUAUUCACCUCAAUAGUCUUUUGUAGGUAAAAAAAUCAUGUGCUAAUUUUAUUUUUUUCUAUUUUACCGAUGUUUAUGUUUUGUACUGAAAAUUGAUGCUAUAAGAAAGUCUUCAUGAAGAAAGUUCGGUUCCAAGCUUGCGAUAUCCCCAAUAUGAAUGAUUCAGAAUGUCAUUCUCCUCGUCCUUUCCUUGAGACGAAAGUUGAAAAUACACCUGCUUGUUACGAAUAUUCCAAACCGCUAGCGUUUUGUACGGAUCCAUUACGUAGGUUUGAAACUAGCAACUGUGUGCCUUAUCCACUUGUAAAUCCAACAAAUUUAGAUAAUUCUAUAACUCCGGUAUCUAAAUGGAGUCCUUCAAGUGAUUUGGAGCUAAGUAUGCUUGAUGCAACAUGCCAUGAACCUAGAACACCUCCCACAACUCCAAUGAUAUUUCAACCUGCUUUACCCAUUUCAUCUGUAAAUACAGAGAAGGAACUAAGCCAGCAAGACGAUAUUCUUCAAAAAUCCUAUCCGAAGGUACUGACAACUAUUGAAAACAGAAGUACUAAUGAACAAACAAAUAAGAUGAACAGUGACAACAGUUUUUUCAUUACAAAAGGAAAUUUGAAUUCAUUUAAAAUGAAAAAUUUUAACACUUUGCAACAGCAAUUUCAACGGUUAAGUUUAGACAAAGAAAAUAAUCCUGUAAGUAAAAAGACAGAUAUGAUAAAAAUGGGAAAGCAAGUGAUUACUCAUACGGACAACAAAAUCCCAAUCUUGUUUAAUUCAAGAAAUAAUGUCAAUGACUGUAGCUGUCAUCAUUGUGUGAGAGUAGUUCAAACUUGUAAUUUGCAAAGAAAUGUUGGUUAUGUUGAGAACUCAUCUACUAGUCAUUUAUGUAAGUGUACAAGGCCUAUACUAGCCAGUUGUAGUUGUGAUCAAUGUAUUCCAUCUCAUCAAGCUAAUCAACACAUCCAUUCACACUGCAUUCCAAGUAGUUGUCACGACUCAACUCCAAAGAAUACUAUUGAUAAGAAAACAUUGGCUAUAGAGAAAUAUGAGAAAAGUAAUAAUUCUAACUGUACUAAUGUUCAAAAGCAAAGUGGAAUUAAGGAAAAGAGAGAACCAACUGUAGCAGACCUGUUCAAGAUAAUAAAACUACAAAAUGAGCAACUUCAGUUACUUCAGGAGAAAGUGGAUAAGUUUAUUUCUAGUAGUAAUCCAACAUCAAGCAUUCCUAUACAAAGUUAUACCACGGAGCAUGUAGCAUUGGAAACAAACAGAGAACAUAAAAUAUCCAUUGGAGUUAUGACUAGUUUUGAAAUGGUGCGAACAUCCACUGUUAUUAAUAAAGAGGUGGUCCAACAAACAGAGAAUUCUCAGAUACAAUGUAAUAAGUCUCAGCUUAGUAUCAAGGAAAUUGUGUCUAAAAACCCAGUUAAUUUGAAUUUUCUGGAUGGAAUUGCACCAGUUGGGAAUAAUUUAAAGAAUAAGAUAAUCAAUGGAAAUUAUGAAGAGAAAACAUUGAAUGAGAUGAGCUUAUAUAAUAUUCAGGUAGACAAUGCUACCACACCACUCAUGUCCCCUGAACAGACUUUAUAUUUGGAUGUGAGGGAUUACAGUGAAUCUGAUCCAGGUAGUGAUGACCAAUCCAAUAUUGGAUGGACUUAUUACAAUAAAGUAAUGACUCAUGUGAAUGGUAUGCUACAAGAUUCCGACAUGCCCUCGUCAGCGAGUGCCUUGUAUCGGAACACGCGUCAGCAGUGUCUACAAAUGCAAAUUGAUAAAACCAAUCUUAGUGUGACUAAGAGAGUAAAAUUUGGUGAUGAUCCCCUUGGGAUUCACCAGCCUCACAUCUAUACAGCCACAACUGAUACGAGUAUGAAGAUGAAUCAGCUUGCGGCCAAGUAUCUGAAAGGUGCGUCCGCGCCUUCGCCCGCUCCUGCGCCCCAGCCCGUAGCCGCCAAAACUUCCGUGCCUAAUGACAUGUCCUUUGCCACAAGGAAUUAUAUGGAGAGGCACAAGUUACUGCAAGGUGUUUCUGGCUUCCCCAAAGAGCCCCCCACCGAGAUACCAAGGUUUUUAGAUAUAACUGCUUUGAAGCAACAACCUAAGUUGUUAUAGAUGUUAUUUUGACUAGUAUAAUUGUAUACAUAUUUCAAGUAUAUUUUUAGAAAUAAAAUGUAGACCAUAUUAAACAGACAUUUAUUUUUAAAUCUCAG